GGGGCGGCGCUCUCGCGGGGAAGACAGCGCAAUUAAACAGAGGGGAGCGCAAUUUAAAUCCAAAACAUCUCUGGACUCGCGCUGAGCAGGAAACACACACACACACACACACUCACACACACAUACACACUCUCUCUCUCUCUCUCUCUGAACCUCAGCGGGUGAGUGUAGGAGAAGUGUCCGCUGCAGUGGUGUCGGUGUCCGGUCAAGUUGAAGUGGAGCAGGACGCUCAUCUCUCCAAAGUGCGCACGGCGCGUCACCGGAGCGGCGGAGAGACGCAGACCGGAGCAGCGCGUCGUUCAUGGUGAAAUAUUCCGGUGGAAACUUAAAGAGUUGAUUUUUCCUCCUGACUCUCUUCCCCCUGCUGCACCAAUGGAAUGGUUUUGUUUAUUCGGAUUAUCGCUCCUCUGAACUCCGGUGUCCUCACAGAGGCGGUGACUCCCGCGGCUCCACCGGGGGUCUGUAGUCUCCCCGCGGCCGCCCACAGCGCUCCUUCUCCGGUCUCCUCCUCCGAGCUCCAGCGGUCGUUCAUAUGAGCGCAGCGUUCAGUCCGUCCUUCAUGGUGAUGCAGCGGCCACUCGGAAGCACCACCGCCUUCAGCAUCGACUCUCUGAUCGGGGGGCCCCCGCAGCCCAGCCCGGGACACUUCGUCUACACCGGCUACCCGAUGUUCAUGCCGUACCGGUCGGUGGUGCUCCAGCCGCCGCCUCCGCCUCCUCCGGCCCUGCAGCAGGCUCUCCCCGCCGGCCACCACCCGCACCCGCAGAUCCCCAGCCUGCAGAGCGGCUUCUGCUCCAGCCUGGCGCAGGGCCUGACGCAGGGCAUGGCGCUCACCUCCACGCUCAUGGCGUCGCUGCCCGGAGGAUUCUCCCCGUCCCAACAGCACCAGGAGGCCGCCAGGAAGUUCGGCUCGCAGGCGCUGCACGCGGUCUUCGACAAGGCUCAGGAGCUGCGGCUGGACGCGGAGGACGGGAAGAGCUUCCUGCAGGGGAAGGAGUCCGCGGCUCUGCAGGCUUUCCACGACACGGACACGUCGGUGCAGACAUCCACAGUCAGAGCACUCAGUAAAGAAGACUCCAAGGAGGACGAGUGCGGCCGGAAGGACGAGAGUUUCUCCAUGGACAGUGACUUGGACUACAGCUCCGAUGACAACCUCACCUCCAUGUGCCACAAGGAGGACGGGGACGGCGGCGGCCUGGAUGACGGCCCGCACCUGCACGGCUCCUCCGGCGGCGGCUCCGGGUCCGGCGGGGGAGCGGGGAGCGGCGGCGGCGGCAAGAACCGGAGGCGGCGGACGGCGUUCACCAGCGAGCAGCUGCUGGAGCUGGAGAAGGAGUUCCACUGCAAAAAGUACCUGUCGUUAACCGAGCGCUCCCAGAUCGCGCAUGCGCUGAAGCUGAGCGAGGUGCAGGUGAAGAUCUGGUUCCAGAACCGGCGCGCCAAGUGGAAACGGGUCAAAGCCGGGAACGUCAACAACAAGUCCGGGGAGCCGUCCCGGAACCCCAAAAUAGUGGUCCCCAUCCCGGUGCACGUGAGCCGCUUCGCAAUAAGGAGUCAGCACCAGCAGAUGGAGCAGGCCAGACCGUAGAAGAAGAAGAACCCGGACUGAGACACGAGCCGCUUCUCCAGUGACUGAAUCCCGUGUUGAUGCUUUUAUUCUCUUCAAACAGAUUCUUCAGUUUCCGGCAAAUUUAACAUGAAAUAAAUGUCGGUUCCGUUCCCGCUCUUCACUCACUCACUCACUCACUCACUCACUCACUCACUCACUCACUCACCUCUGUGCUUUUAUUCAGUUUCAUUUGUGGCAGAUUUUUCAACAUGAAUCUGAUUUUCAGAACAAACGUGGCACCGAAUUAAAAAGCAGUUUAUGUGACUAUAAUAUAAAAUAUAUGUUUCACAUUGAUCAUCAAACUAAACAGAAAACAUGAUGUUCCUUCUUCAGAUUCAAUGUUUGAACCAAAUAAAACCUCAGCUCAGACCACGAGCUGAUGUUUCUCACUUCCGGUUUUGUAGGUUAAUUAUAACAAUAACUGAUCAUCUUUGGUUUUAAAUCAGAUUUUAAGAUGAACGAAACUUUGCUGAAUUUCAAGUGUUUUAUUGUUUUUUUUAAAGAUUUAAAUCAAAUUAGUUUGAUCAGGAACAAGAAGUUAAAUCGUCUCAUGAAUCUAUAGUAAAAUAAAAUCAGCAAGCUGUUUGUUAAAGACAGACGUUUCUCAAAUAUUUUAAUUUCAUUUUUGAGUAAGAGUGUAAUUAAUGGUAAAAUGUGGCGGUGAAGUUCCAGAAUUUCACUCUUUCCCAACGGAGUUUGGUUCCAAUUACAGAGGACGGACGUUUUUGACAGGUCACAUUAACAGAUCUUUAAUUACAUUUCUGAAUCUGACAAUGUGAUUAUGACUCAAAUGUCGCAGUGACUUUAGAAAAUCCCACUUUUUCUUCACGGAGUUUUCAUCAGAGAAAACGGCGUUUGGAUUCUAGAUCCGUCUGAAUUUAACCCGAUUUGUUUUGUUGUUUUUUAAGGAUGAUUUCAGGCUUCACUCUUGUCUUGCUCUUCACAGGAAAUUAAAAAAAAACAAAUGUAAAGCCUCAACACGAGACUGAGUGACUCGUGAAGCGGGACUUUUCUCUGCGGGAGGAUCCGCAGUGUUCACAAACAUCUCAUCUCUUUUUGGAGCGACACCAAAAAUCUGCGCGUAAAGACACGGAGAGGUCACGCGCCGCUGAGGAGGAGGAUGAUGAUGAUGAUGAUGAAGAGACAAAGUGACAUGUUGCACCUCCCACAUGUAAAUACACACGGGACCAAACUGAGGACAUGACGUGUAGAUUCACGGCGCGUCACUUUCAAACAUUGUUGUUGAUUUCAAACAGUUUUUACGAAGCUCGUGUCUGUUGCUACUGAAGAUCUGAACCUUUGGAUCAAACUGUUUCUGCUUCAUUUGGUUUGUUUCUCUUCCUUUGGACAAAGUGACGCUGCUAAUUUAUUUAUAUAAAAAUUGUGCAAAAGUAACUAACAUUCCCUGAAGAUAUACAAGUGUGAAUUAAAAGAUGAACCGUGACCAGA